CGCGUUCUGGUUCCUGUUCACUGUUUUCCAGUUGCGACGACGUGAGAAUCAACAGCAUGUGUGCACCUCAGCUCUGCAUCCGUGGCAGGCGCUUGAGGUGGCCAGGAUGUAUGCUGAGGGGUGUAAGCAUGGUUCGGGGGGGCCUCUGGCUGACCCAGCAAGGGACACCCACACUGGGCUAGAAAGAGUUUUUCAGAGGAAGGGGAGUGUAGGGAGCACCCUAUCUAGCACCUGUGGUUAUUUGAGAUUUUAACUCACCAGGGUCAGAGGGACAUUUUACAGGCCAUGGCCCACAAGUCAGGGGCUGGCUUGGGACGACAGGCUCACCGGCGGGUCACUUGUGGGUGGUGGCGGGGCCCCCUUGGACAUUACUACCUGGUGCCCGGAGCUGGGGAGCCUUGAACAGAGCAGCCCUUCUUGAAGGGUGGCCCAAGUGACCUGCCGGAGGCCGUCAGCCUGAUAACAUGUUUCUGCCAGACGAGGAAAAGGGCCCAUCAAUAGUUUUAAGUGGAAUAAACAAAAACCUGAAGGGAAGGAAUCUAGUUAAAAAUUACCAUACAAUGUUGGUUAGCGAGAACUCUCAAGAAUUUAGCUAUUCUGAAAUGACUACUUUCAGUAAUCGGAGUCGAACAAAAUCUGUUUGGUUCAGAUCCACUUUGAAAAUCUUUCUAAUGUACCACACUUCUGCCCAAAGAUGAGAAAGUUUAAGACAAGGUGCUUGCUCUGUGAUUUGACAUUGAAUCGCUGCUCGGUGGUUUGUGAAGGUCGGGUCUUGCUGCCAAGUCCGCGGAGACAGUGACCACACAGUGGUGGAGGAUGUCAUGGGAAGUGGAACCGGCAGCAGCCUGCUCUGUGAUUUUCUUGCCACCUGAACUUUUUUUAAAUGUUAGUCGGAUCAUGUGGUCACCAAGAGUCCGGUCAGGCAGUUCCACCCCUGGGUUGUGCAUGCUGUCCUUUUCAGCUGCAGCCCACGCCCUCCCUUCUCCCUCCCCAAGCCCUUGGCACCACUCAUCUUGUUUCCCAAUUUCUAUAAUUUCAUCAUUUCGAGAAUGCUGUAUAAACAGAGUCAUGCAAUAUGCAACCUUUUUUGAUCGGCUUUUUUCACUAAGUGCAAUUCUCUUGAGAUCUGCUCAGUUGAGUAUAUGUUCUUUUUUCAUUCCUGAGCAGUAUUUCGUGGCACGGAGGCACUGCCAUUCUGGGUUUUUGUUUUGUUUUGUUUUAACCGUUCACUCUUCGAAGGGCACAUGGAUCGUUGCCAGUUUUUGGUUAUUGUGAAUAAAAUGGUGUUGAACAUCCACGUACAGGUUUUUGUGUGAGCAUAGCUUUCGUUUCUUUGGGAAGGGAUGCCCUACAGUACAGUAAGCUUCUGACGAGCUCAUCGGUUCAGGAUGGGAAACCACGCAGGAAAGCGGGAGUCAAGCGCGGAGAAGGGCAACAAGGACGGAGAAGCCAGCGCAGGAGAGUCUGACAAGAAGAGGGACGUCCGCCAGCUCUCCCGGGAGGCCUCGGAGGACAACGAGGUGUUCGGGGAGGCAGAUGUGGAGCAGAACAAUGGGACCCCCUCUCAGGACACAGCGGUGACAGACUCCAAGCGCACAGCGGACCCGAAGAAUGCCUGGCGGGACGCCAACCCAGCUGACCCCGGGGGCCGCCCCCACUUGAUCCGCCUCUUUUCCCGAGAUGCCCCGGGGAGAGAGGACAACACCUUCAAAGACAGGCCCUCGGAGUCAGACGAGCUCCAGACCAUCCAAGAGGACAGUGCAGUCAGUCCUGAGGGCCUGGAUGUGAUGGCGUCACAGAAAAGACCCUCCCAGCGGCACGGAUCCAAGUACCUGGCCUCAGCAAGCGCCAUGGAUCACGCCAGGCAUGGCUUCCUCCCGAGGCACAGAGACACGGGCAUCCUUGACUCCCUCGGGCGCUUCUUUGGCGGUGACAGGGGUGUGCCCAAGCGGGGCUCAGGCAAGGUGCCCUGGCUCAAGCAGAGACGGAGCCCUGUGCCCUCUCAUGCCCACAGCCAGCCCGGGCUGUGCACCAUGUACCAGGAUGGACAUCACGCAGCGAGAACUACCCACUACGGCUCCCUGCCCCAGAAGUCGCAGCACGGCCGGCCCCAAGAUGAAAACCCUGUAGUGCACUUCUUCAAGAACAUUGUGACACCACGCACACCUCCUCCGUCGCAAGGAAAGGGGCGAGGACUGUCCCUCAGCAGAUUUAGCUGGGGAGCCGAGGGGCAGAAGCCGGGACUUGGCUACGGAGGCAGAGCUCCAGCUCACAAGGGACUCAAGGGGGCCCAUGACGCCCAGGGCACGCUUUCCAAAAUCUUCAAACUGGGAGGAAGAGAUAGUCGUUCUGGAUCACCCAUGGCGAGACGCUGAAGCCCUACCUUGUGGUCCCAGAAACCUGUCCUCAGCUUCUUAAUAUAACUGCCUUAAGAUUUUAAUACCGUCCACAUCCACUCCCUACUUGCAGCAAACACCCUCCCGCCUAAUGCCCGUUGAGUUGUGCACAUGGUGGGGUCAGGCACGCCGCACCUGCUGCAGCUUCUGGCCAUCAGCCAAAUGGAGGGAACGCAGACAGAAUAUUAAGCAGUUACUUGGUGUCUGAAGAGAGCGCGUCCUCGGAGCUCCCUCCACCGCGGUGCGGCCCCGAGUCACCGGGCGCCGGUGCGCGGACACACCUCCGAGUUCACCCUCCUCCCUCCUUGGACUUGCUUUGCUGACCCGGCAUCCCUCGGCUUCGCAGGCACUGCCGUGGGGACGCUGCCGUGGACACAGGGACAUGUGCAGGGCGGUGAGGACUGUUGAUCCGAGCUUCCUUUGGUUGCUUUCCCCGCCCCUUGCUCACCUCCUAACACACACUUACUCUCCCUCCAGGAUGAGGCAGUCGGGAGUGGCACGGGGGGCUUUCGGUACGUGAAGUGCGGGCGGGCAGCGGUGAAGAGUCCCGUGGGGUGGGCGCGGAGGGGGCGCCUGCAGGCGGCGGCCCACCCCACGCGGUUAGCGGAAUUCGGGCGCAGCGGAGAGGGGACCGGGAGGCAAGGCUGGGCUGGGCCACGGCCCCAGUGGGAAACAGGAUCUUCUUGGAAAUGAGGUGAGGUACAGCGGGAGCCAGAGUGGCUUCUGCCAACAGCCUGUUCCCCCAGAGCCCAGCAGAGGUCCGGGGAGACGCUCGUCUCAGAGCGGGACUGGAGGAGUGUUCUGGGUGGCCUCAUGGCGUCACCCUGGUCGCUGCGGGAGGUGACCAGCGGUGCGCUUCCCACGGCAGUGCACACUGCAAUACUAACCCUCGGUGGACAGAUAACCUUCCGUCCGCUUGCAUCCUAGACGCGGACGUGCGUAGCGAAUAGGCUUCGGAGGGCCCGCUUCCCGAAUCGCUGAGCUGGACGUCGUGGGGGCCGGGCCUGGCCGGCCCUGUGAGCAGACGGGCUCCUCUGAAUCGUGUCUUUUCUAACGAGCUGACCUUUCCUGUGCCCCCCUCGUAACAUACUGAUCCCGCCUUUUGGUUUUAGCGUAUGUCUUAGAGGCCUUCCAAGGAGCCCCCACUGGCAUCGUCCUCCCUUAGAAGGAACACGAGGAAUAGUCAACGUGUCAACAUAAUCCCGUCCUAAUUCCGAUGUCCGGUGGGGGUUUAAUAUAAUGUCUAUUAAUCUAUAGCCUCAAUGAUGAGAGGGUUACAGGGGAACAAGGAACAAAAUUUCAGAAACAGAACCUCCAAACUGCAUGACACACACACACUCUACAUCUCUGAGCCGACCGCUGGCCGAGUGGUCUCCACGCGGGGCUACGCCCAGACGGCGUGCGCUGAGAUGGGCGCUCGUGGGAAGUACACACUGUUCUUGAAUAUUGAAAUAAAAUAAUAAACUUUUAA